AUGGGUAAUAAAGCUCCAAUUGCCAUCCUCACCGAUCAAGCAGCUUCUAUGCGGAAGCCCUUAGCUGAAGUGAUGCCUAAUACACGCCAUUUAUGGUGUAUAUGGCAUAUUAUGCGGAAAUUUCCCGAGAAACUUGGCAAGUGUGCCUUGUACGAUGAUUUCAAGAACCCUUUGAAGAAUAUAAUAUAUGACAAAUUCAUUGUAGAAGAAUUUCAAACUCAAUGGUGUGAAGCAAUGAAGCUGUAUGGGUUGGAGGACAAUGAAUGGCUGCAAGAUCUAUUUAUUGAGAGGCACAUGUGGGUGCCGGCCUACAUGAAAGAGUACUUUGGGGCGGGUAUGAAAACUACACAGAGGGUAGAGAGAAUUAACCGUUUUUUCGAUGGCUUUGUCACCCAUAAAACGAAACUCUUCGAGUUUCUUGAAAAAUAUAACAAAGCGAUGAAGAAGAGGGUUACGAAUGAGAAAGAUGCUGAUGCAAGGGAUUCCAAGUACAUUAGACAACUUGUGAGUGGAUUCAAAGUGAAACGGUAUUUUCAAAAAAUAUAUACUGAUGCGAAGUUUCAAGAACUUCAAAAAGAAUGUGCAACGAGGCUAUAUGUUCAGAUCAAGGAGGAGAAAAUUAUCAGUGAAGUUGAAAUUCAUUACUUGGUUUUAGAUCGCAUUUGGGUUGUUCGAGAAGGUUCAAAUAAGGAAACCAUCACUAAUUCCAAGAGGUUUUACUCACUGAUUUAUAACCUUGUCACUAAACAUAUUAGUUGCGACUGUAGGAAGUUUGAAAAGGAUGGGAUCCUUUGUAAGCAUGUCAUUAGAGUGUGGAAUGAAAACUUGGUGACAGAAAUUCCAUCGGAAUUUGUUCUAAAUCGGUGGCGAAAGGAUGUGUUGAGGAAGCGCACUCUUAUCAAAGUUGCAUACCAUGACCCUAAUCAAACAGAGGAAUGUGUGCGAUACAACAAGUUAAUUCCAGACCUUGAGGCAUUGUGUGAUGAAGCAUCUGCCAUUGAUGACGAAACAGUUGAGGCAAUCAGACAAGCAGUGAUCAAGAUCCAAGUUGAAGUUAAUGAGCUUCGUGCAAAACUCAUGGCUAAAAAUGGGCCUGGAUAA